CUAGACUAACCCAACAUGGGAAAGGAAAAGACUCACAUCAACAUCGUCGUUAUUGGUCACGUCGACUCUGGCAAGUCGACCACUACCGGUCACUUGAUCUACAAGUGCGGUGGUAUUGACAAGCGUACCAUCGAGAAGUUCGAGAAGGAAGCCCAGGAAAUGGGUAAGGGUUCCUUCAAGUACGCCUGGGUGUUGGACAAACUCAAGGCUGAGCGCGAGCGUGGUAUCACCAUCGAUAUCGCCCUAUGGAAGUUCGAGACCGCCAAGUUCUACGUCACCAUCAUCGAUGCCCCCGGACAUCGCGAUUUCAUCAAGAACAUGAUUACAGGAACAUCGCAAGCCGAUUGCGCCGUGUUGAUCGUUGCUGGUGGUGUCGGUGAGUUCGAAGCUGGUAUCUCCAAGAAUGGACAGACCCGCGAGCACGCCCUAUUGGCUUAUACUUUGGGUGUCAAGCAACUGAUUGUCGGUGUCAACAAAAUGGACUCAACCGAACCACCUUACAGCGAGAACCGCUACGAAGAAAUCAAGAAAGAAGUAAGCAGCUACAUCAAGAAGAUUGGUUAUAACCCAGUUGCUGUUCCUUUCGUCCCUAUUUCUGGAUGGCACGGAGAUAACAUGCUUGAGCCAUCUACAAAAAUGCCCUGGUUCAAGGGAUGGAAUGUUGAGCGUAAAGAGGGCAAGGCUGAAGGUAAGUGCCUCAUUGAGGCUCUUGAUGCCAUCUUACCCCCAGCCCGCCCCACAGACAAGCCCCUUCGUCUACCCCUCCAGGACGUCUACAAAAUUGGUGGUAUUGGUACAGUGCCCGUGGGACGUGUUGAGACUGGUGUUCUCAAGCCUGGUACCAUUGUUGUCUUUGCUCCUGCUAACAUUACAACUGAAGUUAAGUCUGUGGAGAUGCACCACGAAGCUCUCCAAGAGGCUGUUCCUGGUGACAAUGUUGGUUUCAACGUAAAGAACGUCUCUGUUAAGGAGUUGCGCCGUGGUUAUGUUGCUGGUGACUCAAAGAACAAUCCUCCCAAGGGAGCUGCAGACUUCACUGCACAAGUUAUUGUACUCAAUCACCCUGGACAAAUUUCAAAUGGAUACACACCUGUACUUGAUUGCCACACAGCCCACAUUGCUUGCAAAUUUGCCGAAAUCAAAGAAAAGGUUGACCGUCGUACUGGUAAAUCUACUGAAGAUAACCCUAAAUCCAUUAAGUCUGGUGAUGCAGCUAUUGUUAACUUAGUUCCAUCCAAGCCCUUGUGUGUGGAAUCCUUCCAAGAGUUCCCACCCCUCGGACGUUUUGCUGUCCGUGACAUGAGGCAAACAGUUGCUGUAGGUGUCAUCAAGGCUGUCAACUUCAAGGAGGCUGGCGGUGGCAAGGUCACCAAAGCCGCCGAAAAGGCCACCAAGGGCAAGAAGUAGCUAGCACUGUUAACAGCACAAUUUUUCAUACAACUGCGAUACUUCAUUCACCGAAAGGUGUUCAGAAGGAAAAAAGGGCUACAUCUCAUUCCUUUUCUAUAUUUUUUACAAGGCUUAUAAUGUAUGUAACAUUAUUUUAUAAUUUAUAAGGUUAUACAUAUAUCUGAAAUAUUUUGUUAUGACUGCAACUAAAAUGUAAAAAUUCAUAGAAUAAACGUAGCCUCCAAUAAUAAAAAUA